CUCUCCCCUCAGUCCGGAUCUCUUUGUUGUGGUUGCAGCUGCUGCUCUCUUUACGCACCGCGUCUCCGAGCCGCUUCAUUACCGCGCGGACAAACACAACCGGAGCGCGUGAUAAUCACUGUGAGCGGGGUUCACCGGGACGUGGAGGCGCCGCUGCGUGCGCAGACACAAAGCUGCGUUCAGAUAGAUCCAGCUGAACACAAACACACAAAAAAAAAAAAACACGCGGAGCGGAGGACGGGCGGAUGGCGGGGAUGCUGCCGCUGCCUCCCUGGACGAACCGGACCGCCUCCGAGGCUUCCUGAACGAGCGGGGAGCUCUCCGCGCACUCCUCCGUCCGCAGCGCCUCCUCUGCUCCUCUCUCUGCCGCCGCUCGGAGCUCCUCCCGUCAGCGGGACGCAGCGCGAGGCAGCCGGGGUGUUUUCCGCUGCGUCUCCGCCUGCUUCAAAUUGUUCGCUUCACCUGAAAUCGAGGACCGAGCGAUACGCGCGCCGCGUGUCUGGAGGUCGGAUCAUCGUCAUGGUGUCAGGCCCGGGGAGGUGUCCCGGCGGGGUGGUCCGGUACCUGGUGUCCGCCUGCCUGCUGUCUCUGCUGCUCUACCUGCCGGAGGCUCGCGCGUCUUAUUACCCACAGAGCGGAGAGUGCAAAGGCAAAGGGAAGGACUGCACAGAUCUGUCGGAGAAGAAGAGCGACCUGAGGGUCUGCGAUGACUCCACCUGCAGGUUCGGAGGCGUCUGCAGAGACGACGGAGCUCAGCUCAAAUGUGUCUGCCAGUUCCAGUGUCACAAAAACUACAUCCCCGUGUGCGGCUCCAACGGAGACACCUACCAGAACGAGUGCUACAGGCGACAGGCGUCCUGCAAACAGCAGAGGCUGAUCUCGCGGGUGUCGGACGGGCCCUGCUCCGCCGAUCCUGGAUCUGGUUCAGGAGACGGAGACGAUGACGAGGGUUCGGGCUCCGACGUCGGGAAGAAGUUCACCAAGUGCAGCACGUGUAAAUACGGAGCCGAAUGUGACGAAGACUCGGAGGACGUCUGGUGCAUCUGUAACAUCGACUGCAGCGGGCACAACGAAAACCCGGUCUGCGCCACCGACGGAAACUCCUACAACAACCCCUGUCUGGUCCGAGAGGCGUCGUGCAUGAAGCAGGAGCAGAUCGACGUCAAACACCUGGGCAGGUGCCCCGCUGAUAAAGAGAAACUGGGGAAGAAAGAUGACAGCAGCCCUUUCAAAGUAAACGUCUUGGAAACCACCGGUCUGGACCACGGCGACGGUUUCUACGCCGGGAUGCCGAUCCCCUGCGCCGACAGCUACGCCGGCUUCUGUGUUCAUGGGAAAUGUGAGAUCAAAUACAACAUGGCCACCUGCAGGUGUGAUGCAGGCUACAAAGGCGCUCAGUGUGACGAGCCUCAGGACUUCAACAUCCUCUACGUCGUCCCCAGCGGACAGAAGCUCCACUACGUCCUCAUCGCCGCCAUCAUCGGCGCUGUGCAGAUCGCCAUCAUCGUUGCCGUGGUGAUGUGCAUCACAAGGAAAUGUCCGAAAAACAACAGGGGUCGCCGGCAAAAACAAAACCUUGGACACUUUUCCUCGGACACUAACUCCAGGAUGGUAUAGCCGUGUUUGUCUGGGUUCUUUUUGAUAAGUUUUUUCUUACGGCGUGGGAAUACCAUUUUUUAACGGUCGAUGUGUGGUAUUAAUUUUUUCUCUCCUGGAAAUUAACCAGUAAAAAAAAAGAAGAAUAUUUAUUUAAGGGGCCUUAUUUUCCCUCCUCUUUUUAUUUUUUAUUUUUGCUUUUGGAUGGAAAGUCUUUCUUUGCCGCAAGACCAAGUACAAGGAGCCGAAUCGUCCAAACCCGCUGUCACUUUACACCGUUAACAUGUCCGCUGUCUUAAUUACUUUAACCGACUUCAUUAGAGGUUUUGUUGAAUGCUUUAUAAAUACAGUACCUUUGGUAAACUGGCUAACUGAGUGACGUCUGCCCCUCUGGAAUGUGAUAUUUAUUGAUAAAGAUUAUUUCUAUGCCCCUUUUUGUUUUAAGUUUUAAUACUAAUGUGCAGCUGAUCACCAAAUGCAGUUUGAUUUUGUGUUUUUUUAGGAGGUGA